AUGCUCACCGAACAGGUGCUGAACGGAUCCGACGAUAACGUCAUCGGCGGUAACGGUGGUGUACGGCGACAGUCAUCCCGAGAGAGCGAUAGUCAGCUAAUUAGGCGUCAAUUGUCGCGACAAAAGUCUUUACUAAAAGACAAUACCGAAGACAAUACUAUAGACGAGUGUAAUGUAAAAGAUGGUCAACUGGUAGACGACGAGAGCACACAGUUUGGAUCAAUUAAAUUACUUGAUUACAAAUAUUACGUGUCACGGAUUGGUCCGGUGGUGCUCGCAGUCAGCAUAUUAACCAUGUUUUUGGCCAUUGUCUGCGAAGUGGGAUCUAAUUACUGGAUAAACGUGUGGACAUCGGGUAACCACUCUUUGGCGGACACAUCCGGCGACACAAACCACAACAGCAACGGCUACUUCUUAGGCAUAUAUGUGUCGGCAAUAGUAUUGUACGCAAUCUUCACACUGGGCUCGACAUUGCUCUAUAGGGUAGGUUUGGUGCGGGUGUCGGCGCUCAUACACAGCGACCUAUUGAAUAGCGUAAUGCGGACUCCGCUGUCAUUUUUUGACGUCACCCCAACCGGGCGUAUAAUAAACCGAUUCAAUCGAGAUAUCGAGAUGAUUGACUUGCUUUUACCAUGGUUUAUGUACGCCACUAUUCUCUAUGGCAUGCAGGCCAUCACCAUCAUGGCCGUUAUUGUCUACACCAUACCCAUUAUUAUUAUCAUGAUAGUGAUUGUGGCCAUAGUGUUUGCCAUACUUUACAGGAUCUCGUUGUGGACCACAAGACAACUGAAUCGUAUGAAUUCAAUCACUCGAUCGCCAAUCUAUAGUCACUUUAAUGAGAGUAUUGCCGGCGCCGUCUCUAUCCGGGCCUAUAAAACGGGCCAAACGUUCACAAAAACACUGCAAAAAUUUAUUGAUACUAAUCUCAAUGUCCAGAAGCAUACGGUGGCGGCCAAUAUGUGUGUCAGUAUUUGGACUGCGAUUAUCGGCUCAUUCAUUACAUUCUCGGCGGCGCUGUUUGUGGUGCUGAAGAGGGAGGAUAUGACACCGGGUUUGGCCGGCUUUGUAUUGAUCUACUCGUUUGAGAUCAUAACGAGUAUCUCAUGGGCGCUGAGGUUUGUGUCCGAAACCGAGACCGAAAUGGUGUGCGUCGAGAGAAUCCGCGAAUAUUCACAAUUAGAGCCCGAAUUCAGUUGGGAUUCGCCGCCAGAGAGCAAACCG